UAGCUUUAAGAUAUAGGCAUUUAACUGGCUAAGACAACACGUCGUGCCUGACAGAGCAGCAGUGAUACAGUGAAGAGGAAACAUCUCUGCUUGGUUAGCUGGAGGUGUCACCAGCAGGAGCAAACGAUAUCUUUGUGGUGAAUCGAGUUUCCAGGCUUUUUUUUACUGCUGGAUAUGUGGAUGUAAAUCAAACUGAGAAAUUAUGAGCCUGGACAUGCAGAGAAGAAGUAUAUCAGACAGCCUCAUCCUGGACGACACCGGAGACGGAGUUAUCAUUACAAGAAUCACAGAUGACAGGGUUGCAGCACAGAGUGGCCUGCAAACAGGGGAUGAGAUUGUUGCAGCCACUAUUCACCUAGAUCACCUCAACAAAUAUGAAGUGCUGAACAUCCUGAAGGUCCUGGAGCCAUAUGAUAAAAACAUGAAAGUUCUCACAAAGAAGGAGCUGAACACAAGUGCUGGCCUUGGCUCCUUGGGAUUAGGUCUUGGAGACCCUUCAGAGAUGCUCAACCUAAAGAAGGAUCUGUCACUGAAUGCAAAUUCUGAGGCACCUGCUUUUUCCCUUAAUGGCCUGAGUGGAAAUGUAAAUGCUGGGCAGGGUUUGGGGGGUGAUAUUAAUGGUCCCACUCUCAAUGGAGACAUCCCCAGUUUCAGUCUAAACAAGCCCUCAGCCAAUGCUGGGACCAAGUUCUCCAUGCCCUCCCUAGGUCUGACUGGACCAGAUGUAAAAGGAGACCUAGAUGGCACUCUAAAAACACCUGAUUUCAGUGUCUCAACCCCCAAGAUAGACACUACCAGUCCCUCUAUUGACAUUGAAAAACCAGACAUCAAAACAGGCAAUGCGAAAUACAAGCCCCCAAAAUUCACAAUGCCACACUUCAAUAUGCCGAGGUUCAAAACCCCAACAGCAGAAGCAGAUCUUCCAGGAGGGACAAUCAAUGGAAAUCUAGAGGCACCUGACCUCUCUCUUUCAGGCCCAGAAGUGGAUCUGAAAACCCCUGAUAUAAAUCUGAAAGCCCCAAAUGCUGAUCUCGAUGCACCCUCAGGAAAAAUUAAAUGGCCUCAUCAAAACUGGAAAUUACCCAAGCUUAAAGGUCCAGAUGCUGACUUAAAUGCUGAACUGCACACACCUAAUGCCAGCCUGUCAACACCAAAGAUCGAUGGGGAUUUAAGUGCACCAGAUGUAAAUGUUAACCUGCCCAAAGCGGACAUUAAAGGCCCUGAUGUGAAUGUUCAAACCCCUAAUCUUGACAUUGACGCUCCGUCAGGUAAAUUCAGGACUUGGAAAUUUAAGAAACCCAAAUGGCAUGGUUCAAAACCUGAUCUAGACUUAGAUGCAAAUGUGAAUGCACCAGAUGUUGAUCUCUCGGCUCCAAAAAUGAAGGGGGGAAUUAAUACCCCAGACAUUAAUAUGCCUGAUGCUGACCUCAAAGGUGCUGAUCUAGAUGUAGAGGCUCCAUCCGGCAAAUUCAACUGGUUUCAUAAGUUAAAGAAACCCAGACUUCACGGUCCAAAAGCAGAUCUGAAUCUUGGUGCAGAUGGUGAUCUCUCUGUUCCAAAACUUGAUGGUGAGUUUAGCACACCAGGUGUUGGUCUGAAUUUGCCCAAAGCUGAUGUUGAUGUUAAUGUACCAGACGCUGACCUUGAUGCUCCCUCAGGCAAAAUCAAGUUCCCAACACUCAAAAGGCCCAAGUUUUUGCUCUCUGGGCCAAAGGUAAAAACCCCAGACGUUGAUGUUGAUUAUGAUGCGAAAGCACCAGACCUCAGUGUCCCUCCUUUAUCCCUUGAUGGACCGAAUGUUGAUGUUAACGCACCAAAUGUAGAUAUUGACACUCCGUCCGGGAACCCCAAAUGGUUCAAUCUCAAAAAGCCAAAGUGGGGACUGUCAGGUCCUAAGGUUAAUGGUCCAGAUGUGGAUCUGGAUGCUGAUAUCUCUGCUCCUGACUUGAGUCUCCAAGCUCCAAAGAUUGAUGGUGAGAUAAAUGCUCCAGAUGUAAAUCUGAAGUUACCAAGUGCUAACCUAGAAGCCCCAAAGAUCGAUGCUCCAGAUGUUGAAGCUCCGUCUGGAUUAUUCAAAUGGUUCAAAAAACCUACAUUUGGCACACUGAGGGGUCCAAAGGCUGACAUUGAUGCUGAUAUGAGUGCACCAAAUUUAGACCUCAAGGCACCAGAUGUCAACCUUUCAGCACCAAAAGUUGACGGUGGAUUUGAUGGACCAGACUUUGAUGUCACCCUACCCAAAGCCGGUAUUAAAGGUCCAAAUAUGGAAGUUGAUAGUCCAGAUCUCAAACUUGACUCGCCAGAUGGUAAACUAAAGUUUCCUACAAUGAAACUACCAAAAUUUAAAGGACCCAAAGUCAAGGGUCCUGAGUUAGAUGCUAAUUUAGACACACCCAACAUUAAUCUUGACUCACCUAAAAUUGACCUGGAUGCACCAAAUGUAGACCUAAAAACACCAGAUCUCUCCCUGUCUAAGCCAAAAAUCAAAGGCGGUUUCGAUGCCCCAGAUUUUGGCAUUGACCUGCCAAAAUUUAACAUAGGAGGACCAAAGGCUGAAUUACCUAAUGCAGAACUAAAGACUCCCAAUGUCUCUGUUUCUGAUCCUAAUGUUAAAUUGCCAAAAUCUGAUGUCAAAGCACCUGAUUUCAAUCUUUCAGCCCCCAUAAUUAAAGGAGAUCUCAGUGCUCCAAAUUUAAAUCUGAAUGCUGAUCUCAACACAGACCUUAAGGCCCCCAACUCUAAUAUCACUUUACCAAAGGGUGACAUCACCAUGCCUAAAGUAGAUCUUAAAGGACCUGAUGCACAGUUGAAAACACCAGAUCUGGAUGUUGAUUCCGGUCUUGGCAACUUUAAAAUGCCAAAUUUGAAGCUUCCAAAAUUCGGACUAUCAGAUACUUCAGUCAAGUCGGGAGUAGGGGCACCACAGGUAAACAUUGACACUCCUACAGCUAAUGUCGACUUGGCUCCUACAGUUGACCUAAGUGGACCAAAGCUAGAUGGUGAUUUCGGAGGAGCCAAAUUAGAUGUGAAAGCUCCAAAUGUAGAUGCCAACAUUGAAAAGUCCAAAUUUCCACAUUUCAAGUUUCCCAAGAUUAACUUUCCAGGAAACAAUGUAAAGGCUCCAGAGAUUGAUGCAACUGGAAACCUUGACCUCUCUCCUGAUUUGAAGCUCAAAGCUCCCAGUGUUGAAGGAGGAAUCAGUCCACCUGAUGUCAGUGUCUCUGGUCCGGAAGUGGGUGCUAACCUCAACAAACCUAACCUGGGUAUCACAGCUGAAGCAGAUGCUGCUAUUAAGGAAUCUCCAAAAAGUAAGCUGAAAUGGCCCUUUAAAUUUGGACGAAAGUCUGUUUCAGGUGAUGAGGAGGGAAAUGAUGUUGAAUUUGAAACUGGCGCCUCAAAUGAUGAUGUAGAGGUUCCUGCAUUCAAAUUCCACAAACUGCCCAGAAACAGCAUUGACGGCACUUUAGAUAUUGGUGAAUCCCUAGGCUUACCAAAACUUGAGCCAGAGGAUUAUGUCCUCAGCAAAGGAGUCCGCCUGCCAAUACUAAACACAACAUCAAAAUCGGGAGAGAAAAUUGACAUUCUGGAGAGAUUAAAAAUGGCGAAGGAAAAAUUACCAUCCACUAACGUCUCACCAACUGAAGCAAAGAAUAAUGUUGAUCUGAAGUUUGCUGCCCCAAGUCUUGAUGUCAAGGCCUCCACAGAAGGAAAAGAUUCCUCUUUGGUGAGGGGAGGCACUUUCAAAGUAGAAAAGCCAGACGCUGUACUGGGCAUUGUAGCCCCUCAAAUUUCGACAUCAGAUGAAAAUGACAAAUUGUCAUUGAGUCUCUCCAAUAUGCUUGGCCUAAAUAUCAAGGAUUCAAGUGCUGACUGAUUCCUGCAAGGCUUACUUGACAUGUAAAGCUUGAGUCAAGAAUCAUUGUAAAUACAUGUAACUAAACAUUGGUUUGUGAACAUUAGGAGAAAUGUUUACUGUUCAUUUACACUUGCCAAUUUAUUUUCUGCAGACAAUGCCAGCUACAGUAUCUUUCUUGUGUAAUAAUUUUCAGUAGCCUAACAAUGACACUUGUUUCAUAAACCAUGUGUAUAUUCCUGUUAUUUAUACAAGAUUUCUUUCUGAAAAUGUAUGAUUUGCAAGUAUGUUCCUUUUUAAAUACCUGCCUCAGUAUUGAUUGUGAUAACACUGAGCUGUAAAGGAUUCCCAGAAGAGCUUCUAUUUACCUAAACAUUUUGUAAGAUAAGUGAACUGUGUGAGUGAGUGUUUUUGUUCAAUAAAUAUCUAAUAAUAUAAUGGAA